AUGCUUCUGGAAAAAUUUCCUCCGUUUAAUCGAUUUGCGUCCAAGAGACACGGCGAGUUCGAGGAUGAGGAUGAUGGACUGCCUGAGAACGAGCGUAAUGAGAAUAACCGCCGGCGUCAAAUUGAAGAGAUCUGCCGUCCUCUGAUGCUAAGCGAUGCCGACUUGAAGCGAGUCAUGGAAGAGCUCGUCAAAGCUAUGGAAACUGGGCUCGCUACCGAAACAGGUACGUUCUUUUGCUAUACCUAA